AUGGAGAACCUACCAACAGAGAUUCUCGGAAUGAUAGGGAAGUUCAUUGCCUUGGACAUAGAUGGGAAUUGCGAAAAGAUACGGAGAUCGACCUUGCUUGCUUUGACUCGGUGCUGUCGGAAAUUCCACAAGAUAUUCGAACCAUUACUCUAUUACCAUCUUGACCUGGGAUACGGCAUCCCCCUGACCCACGCCCACAUCCGUCUCGUUAUUCUUCUCUGGAAUCACCCCGAAGUGGCAGACUGGGUUCGCAGCGUAAAACUGUUCUGGUACUUCGACAAAAAUAUACCAGUGCAUGACGCUAGUGACGAGGAUAUUGAUGAAUUUGCGAAGUUCGUGCCCAGAGCACUAAGCAAGAUACUAAUGCCAGGUGAAGCGUUCACAGACGAGUGGGAGGAAUGCCUGCUCGAAUUCAAGAUGGAGGCUUGGUUAGGAGUCUUGUUUGUUUGCUUGACGCAUCUAGAACGCAUUGAAUUUGAACAUGAAGACUCAGGUCUUUUCAUCAUCAUUCUAUAUAAAGCCGCAGAGCGAGAGCAACCCUUUCACGAAACCCCAUCAUUUCCUUUCCUUCGAGAGGUCAUUGCUCACUGCCAACUUGAUGAAGGAAUAACCGAAACUUUCCUCACUCCGUUUCUCUAUUUCCCAAAUGUCCAGUCUAUCACAGGUUCUUCGAUCUCGACUGAAUAUAGCAGUGAUGAUGGGUGUCAUCUCUACUCUCACGAACCACCCCUCUCAGUUGGUCCCAUAAAACAGAUUUCGUUGGGCGAUGUCCGGAUGUGCACCGGAAUGCUCGAGUGGCUUCGAGUUUGCAAAGAACUGGAACAUUUCUCAAUCGAAGCCUCACUUCACCCAGACGCAGAGGUGAUUGAAAGACGCUUUGAGACUCGAGAACUUUAUCAGGCUCUUCUUCCAUUCAAAGAUACCCUCAAAUUUCUCAGCGUGGCAUAUGAUAAGCAGUACAAUUCUUGGCUUGACAUGAGCGGGGGAAUCCCUGUUUGCGAGGAUAACAUCCCGUUUGAGUCCUUCCAAGAAUUCUCUGCCCUUGAGCAGUUGACUGUUCGGCAUGCCCACCUCGUAUCAAUUUUUUCGCACGCUGCUAUCAAGAAACCUAGCAUUGGUCGGCUUGUUGACAGGCUUCCGAGCACCCUUCGAACUCUUUCUGUCCAAGACGUUCUCCCCGAUAAUAGUGGUCUGCUGGCGGAACUCUUGAUGGUUGCUCAGGAUCGAAGCUUAUUUCCUGACCUGAAGAGUUUGAAACUCAGGGACAGGUCUCUGAUAUGGACUGCAUCAGGUGAUGAAACGAUACCGGAUGGAACGACAGUGGGUGGGGCAGCAGCGGGAUUGAAUAUGGCUCUCGUAAAAGAAGAAGCCGACAGAGAAUAUGCGGAUACAGAAAGGUUGAGGCGGGAAUGUGAGGCUAGAGGUAUCGACAUGCAAUGGAUCAUGGAAGGUAUGUCUGACAGCGAAGACGAGGGUGAAGUACGUAAUGCAGGACGUUAA